GCAGCAGCCACUUCUUUCCUGUCUGUCUGUCUGUCUCCUUCUCUCCCUUUCUUAAGCAGCCCACCAGCAAACCAACAUGCCUCCAAAGAAGCCCGAACCUAAGAAGGCCGAACCUAAGAAGGAAGAACCCAAACCAGCACCUAAACCAGCAGAACCAGAACCCAAAAAAGAAGUUGAGUUUAACCCAGCUUCUAUUAAAGUUGAAUUCACCCCUGAUCAGAUUGAAGAAUUUAAGGAAGCAUUCUCACUCUUCGACCGGACUCCUAAAUCUGAGAUGAAAAUCACAUAUGCACAGUGUGGAGAUGUCUUGAGAGCUUUGGGGCAGAAUCCAACCCAGGCUGAGGUCAUGAAAGUGCUUGGCAGACCCAAACCAGAAGACAUGAACUCAAAGAUGAUCGACUUUGAGACCUUCCUGCCCAUGCUCCAGCAUAUUGCCAAGACGAAAGACACAGGCACAUAUGAGGACUUUGUGGAGGGUCUGCGUGUCUUUGACAAGGAGGGAAAUGGAACGGUGAUGGGGGCUGAACUCCGCCAUGUUUUGGCUACACUGGGGGAGAGGUUGACUGAAGAGGAAGUUGAUAAGCUAAUGGCUGGUCAGGAAGAUGCCAAUGGUUGCAUCAACUAUGAAGCUUUUGUGAAACAUAUCAUGGCUAACUGAAUGCCAGGACAAGAUAGGCGCCGAGAACCCCAGAUGCUGGCCUUGGAUUUUGAUGUCAUGGAAUGUCUUCUCAUUUUUCAUCCCAGAUUCCCA